GUUUUAGAUUUUGCGCUGGCACAAGCACUUGAACUCACGGCCUCAUGCUCUCACUUGGCCUUUUCACUCAAGGCUGGCGCUCUACCACUUGAGUCACACCUCCAUUUCUAGUCAUUGGCUUUUAUCUGGGGCAUUUUCUUCAUAGCAUCUGCAUUCCUUUGGCAUGAAAAUCCUCACCCAGAUUUGACUGCCUCUUCUAGUUACCCACUUGGCCUCUGGUUUCUCUACCUGAAUCCUGAAUCCUCUGUAUCCAUCCUGUCACAGGCCACUUUUCUUAUUCAGAUUUUAAAUACAGAAAAUCUGCCUUUUGCCCACCACGCCACUCUGCUGGAACCAGAAUGUCAGAAAUGUUCUAAGUGAUCAAGUGAACAAUCCAUUUAUGGUCCCUGAUUAAGAUCCUGAAAAUUUUCUCUGUUGAAUUCCUAGUAACCAUCAUCCUUGUGUUCUAUGAACCAUUACAAGAAUUUCUUCCACCCUCUGUCCACAAAAGUAGUCGUUUACCAGGCGUUAUUGUUUAACAUUUCCCUCUAAUUCCUUUCUCCUGGGGAGAAACAUGUUCCUGCCAUUCCUCUGUAAAUUGCGUGGACCUUGCUUAUGUUGCUCUGAAGGAAUUUUAGGGUGCUCACUCAUCUUCUGGAGACAAGAAUACCCAUCCCAGUGAGUCAAGAGAGGUGUGGUCAAGAUGAAAGGGGCAAGGGUAAGCUGCAAGGAGAUGGAAUUGUGUUUUAGGUGUAAGCUGUGAGGCCCAUCCUGAAUUUGUUUCUCUAGGGAGAAAAGUUACUUUUCAACCACCAGUUAAAAGACCACUGAACAAAUUCCAUGGACUAGACGACAUUACUCAAUUCUUGGCAAUAAACUCAAGUGAAGAAGUUAGGAUUCCCAGUAGCUUCUGUGUGAAGUUCCACACCUGUUAUGAUGGUCUUUCUUUUUUGUUGUUUGCUUUUGGGGGAGCUCAAACUCAGGGUUUCUCAUGUGCUGAGCCAAGGCCUUUGCAAUUUGCCUGCCUUUAGUCCUUUUUGCUUUUAAUUUGGUUUUUACAUGGGAUAUUGAGUCAACUUUGCCUGGAAAGCCUUCUGAUUGGCAUUCUCCUUCCUUACAUCUUGAGUAGCUGGCACUACAGACAUGAGCUACUGCACCUGGACACUAUGGUUCAGAAGAGCAGAGGCAAGAAGGAAAGAGCAACAUGAAGAAAAAAUACUGAAAAGAAAUGGUUUUCUAAAGUACUUACAGUUGAAGUUGAACAAUCCAUUUCUGUGGACUUCUUCCUCCACAUUCCCAGUGAUGGUAACUGCCCCUUGCUUCCUUUUAAACCUGGAAAUCUAUCUGUGUGAAAAGAACAGAGUUUUCUUGAAGCACAACUAAGAACAAAAAGCUACCACUAGGCACAGAGGUCACUGGCCCAGAAGUCACUGGCUCAUGUGAUUAUGGAGAUGAUCUCGCUAAUGUUGAAAAUGUCUCCAGCUUUUUGACAACAGGAAAUAACCAUGGGGUCCAGCGGCCUUGGGAAAGCAGCCACGUUAGAUGAACUGCUAAGCACCUGCAUUGAGAUGUUUGAUGACAAUGGAGAGCUGAAUAACAGCUAUUUGCCAAGAAUAGUCCUACUGAUGCACCGAUGGUAUUUAUCUUCCACCGAAUUGGCAGAGAAACUUCUCUGUAUGUAUCGCAAUGCCAGCGGAGAAAGCUGUGAUGAGUUUCGGUUAAAGAUCUGCUACUUCAUGAGGUACUGGAUUCUGAAGUUUCCUGCGGAGUUUAAUUUGGAUCUAGGUUUGAUUCGUAUGACGGAGGAGUUCCGGGAAGUAGCUAGUCAACUAGGCUAUGAAAAACACGUCAGCCUCAUCGACAUAUCCAGCAUUCCUUCCUAUGACUGGAUGAGAAGAGUUACACAGAGGAAAAAAGUAUCCAAGAAGGGAAAGGCCUGUCUGCUGUUUGACCAUCUGGAGCCCAUUGAGUUGGCUGAACACCUCACUUUUCUGGAGCAUAAAUCUUUUAGAAGGAUCGCAUUUACUGAUUAUCAAAGCUACGUGAUCCAUGGCUGCCUGGAGAACAACCCAACCCUGGAGAGAUCCAUCGGGUUGUUUAAUGGAAUCUCCAAGUGGGUCCAAUUGAUGGUUCUUAGCAAACCCACACCCCAGCAGAGGGCGGAGGUCAUCAUCAAGUUUAUCAAUGUUGCAAAGAAGCUCCUUCAGCUCAAGAAUUUCAACACCCUGAUGGCGGUGGUGGGAGGCCUUAGCCACAGCUCCAUUUCACGCCUCAAAGAGACCCAUUCCCAUCUUUCCUCAGAGGUCACAAAGAACUGGAAUGAAAUGACCGAGUUGGUCUCCUCCAAUGGCAAUUACUGCAAUUACCGCAAGGCCUUUGCUGACUGCGAUGGCUUCAAAAUCCCUAUCCUUGGAGUCCACUUGAAAGACUUGAUAGCGGUCCAUGUCAUUUUCCCAGACUGGAUGGAAGAAAACAAAGUAAACAUUGUGAAAAUGCACCAGCUUUCCGUGACCCUAAGUGAACUGGUCUCGCUACAGAAUGCCUCUCACCACUUAGAACCCAACAUGGAUUUGAUCAACCUACUCACUCUUUCUCUGGACCUCUAUCACACAGAAGAUGAUAUUUACAAAUUGUCACUGGUGCUGGAGCCUAGGAAUUCUAAAUCGCAGCCUACCUCCCCGACAACACCCACCAAGCCUGUGGUGCCCCUUGAGUGGGCAUCAGGGGUAGUGCCAAAGCCAGACCCCACAGUCAUCAACAAGCACAUACGGAAACUGGUGGAGUCCGUGUUUAGAAACUACGAUCAUGACCAUGAUGGAUACAUCUCCCAAGAGGACUUUGAAAGUAUAGCUGCCAACUUUCCCUUCCUGGAUUCCUUCUGUGUCCUGGAUAAAGAUCAGGAUGGCCUAAUUAGUAAAGAUGAAAUGAUGGCUUACUUCCUGAGAGCUAAAUCCCAACUACACUGUAAAAUGGGACCAGGAUUUGUCCAUAAUUUUCAGGAGAUGACUUAUCUCAAGCCAACCUUCUGCGAACACUGUGCAGGAUUUCUCUGGGGCAUCAUCAAGCAAGGAUACAAAUGCAAAGACUGUGGAGCCAAUUGUCACAAGCAGUGCAAGGACCUUCUAGUCUUGGCCUGCAGGCGACUUGCUCGGGCGCCCUCCUUGGGCAGUAGUCAUGGGUCACUGCCGGGAAGCCCCUCGCUGCCCCCAGUGCAGGAUGAGGUGUUUGAGUUUCCUGGGGUCACUGCUGGACACCGGGACCUGGACAGCAGGGCAAUCACACUGGUCACCGGCUCCUCUCGCAAGAUCUCCGUCAGACUUCAGCGGGCCACCACCAGCCAGGCCACCCAGACAGAACCCGUGUGGUCAGAAGCCGGUUGGGGGGACUCAGGCUCCCACACAUUUCCCAAAAUGAAAUCCAAGUUCCACGACAAAUCCGCCAAGGACAAAGGCUUUGCCAAGUGGGAAAAUGAGAAGCCAAGAGUGCAAGCUGGUGUGGAUGUUGUAGACCGGGGCACUGAGUUUGAACUGGAGGAAGAUGAUGACCAGGGAGAGACCAGGACGGCUGACUGAGGAUGGCUGAGAAAUUACAAGGCAAUCACGCUGGCUUUGGAAAAAAACAAGAUGAGAAACUCCAAAGAGCACUCAAGUCUCAGGAAGUUGUCUGGACAAUAUCUGGGUGUUUACUGCCUCGUGAUAUGUUGGGAGCACCACAACUGGACUAUGGGACAGAGGAUUUACCCAAGCUAUGAACUAUUUAUUUCCUCCUCCCCUGCCCCGAGUUAGGUGCCACAAAGACUGUGAUGCAGUCGAUUAGUUGUUUCUCAUUUGUUUUUUCUCUAGAGUCAUUUAUAUACGGGUGGAAUGAAAGCUUUUGUGCAUGUCCUUGAUACUCAUUCUCUAAACUCAGACUUUGCUUGUUUGUGAGAGUAUUAUUUCAGUAUUUUUAAGUUGUGUGUGUGCUUGUGUGCGCGUGUGUGUACACACACGUAGAACUGUUUAAUAAGUUGGCUUAGGUCUUUUUCGUGCGUGUGCUUUUGUCGAUGGAACCAAGACACUGUUUUCCUGGGGGAGGAUGCUCUUCCCAGCCUGGAUUGCAAAGGUUCUUCUAAUGAUGGAGAAUCCAUACAAGGAGCUGUUUACGUUGUUUCUACCCCAGUUGCUAUGAUGUGUAACAACUCACACCUGCAUACAUCAUCUACGCCUUACCAACUCUGCGUUAUCAAGGGCUAUAACCCAGCCUUGAAAGUGUUUCGAAUAUUUAGAAUAGCCAUGGGGGAAAUUAUCUCUGUCUUGUCAUAUCUAACUGACUGAGUUCACUCAUCUUUCUUAAGACCCUGAAAUUGGAAUAGCAAUUAAGAAACGAUUCAGUUGAGUACGUUGGUGCAUACCUGUAUCUAAGAAUUUAGGAAGCUGAGUAGGAGGGAUCACAAGAUCAAUGAUAAGGCUAGAUGAUAAAGGAGACCUCGUGCCUUGGAAAGGAAAAAAAAAAUAAAAGAAAAAGGGAAAAAAGAGAAAUCAAGUUCUGGGGAAAUAAUUUAGCAGAAAAAACUGAACUCAAUGCAGCACAAUGCAAAACCAUCACCGAUUUUUUUAAAAGCCCAAUGUAAUUUGGUUAAAAAUAUUAUGAUUCUCAAAGAUAACUCUUUUACUUUUCCUAAUAAAUUGCAUCUAUAAUUAAAGAAUAUUCAUGGAAAGAAAUCAUUAUGAACCCUCAACUAAUAUUUCAUUUAAACUUUCUUUUGUGCCAUUCCUUAGACUUAAACUC